AAACCAAAUAAAAAAGUAUAAGGAUGUAUAUGAUUUUAAUUAUUGUCUCUACUCCAAAAGUGAGUUGACCAAAAUAGACAAAUAGCUGCAAAUUUGUUUGUCCAUCCAGCAAAAUAUGUCCAACAAUGGUUGGGAUGAACUUCCAAAUAACAUUCUAAACAACAAAAGACCGAGGUAUAGACACAACGAGCUUCAGGGAAGAGGAAAUUCUCAAGCCUUACAAACAAGUAUUGGUCCUGCACCUCGGCUGCCUUAUGUUUUACCAAACUCUGAUAGUCGUCCUGUUCCUGCCGAUUUCCCUCCAGAAGAUGCAGACCUCCUCACACAAUUUUCUGCUCGUCACACUGGCUUUCUUCUUUCAGAACAUAUACACACUCCGAACAUGAGACGUCAAGCUUAUGAAUAUUUCGCCAAAUUCCUCAGGUUUUUGCGAUCUCACUCUACCUUGGACUUGAUGACUACAUCAAAAACAUCAGUUUCUAAUGAUCUUUAUGUUAUCAAGAUGUAUGGCUUCACCGGUGAAUGGCUUGAUCGCUUAGUUCUUCGUCUUAACCCUCACACUUCUCAUGAUGUUUCCAACGAAGGGUUACAAACAUUGAUCAAACUUCAACCUAUUUAUUUUACAUAUGUUGCUAGCUUGGAAGCGGAGGGUACAGACUUAACACGCAGAUUAAAUGAAAAUACAGCUAAGCUUUCAAAUGGGAGAGAAGCUAUGGAAAGCAUUUCUAAUACAUUGAGGCAAAUUAUGGAAGAAAGAGCAAGGUUGAACAUUCCUUUUCCAAUCUAGAGUUGCAUGUAACGUUACUUUAAUUUUAUACAUACAUCGGUUGCUUUGGUUCUCUGAGUUUCCAUAUUUUCCUUGAGUUCGUUUUUGUUAUUAUGUUUGUUGGAUAUCUUCCUCGAUUUUACUAAAGUGUGUGCAGUAAUGAUUCAUUCUAACGUGACAUCUUUAAAUGUUUGCGGUGUUUGGAAAA